CUGAAAAUGUCCUCCACCGUGUUUCAUCGCCGCUGUGGCAAGCGGAUUACGCUGACGAACGGGAACCGUACGGCGAUGCGAAAUGUGAGCGAAUUCAACCAUGGGCUGGUGCUGAGUGCGGAACCGCUACAGGACGAUGUCCUGUUUGAGGUGCGAAUCGACGAAAAGAUACAAGCCUGGAGUGGAAGCAUCGAGAUUGGCAUCACGACAGUCAAUCCCGAAUCGACCGAAUUGCCUCCCUGUGCAAUGAAGCUGCGCAACACAACCUGGGUAAUGUCUGGCAUAUCCGUGCUAAACGAUGGUCUCCUGCUAGUUGAAUCGUAUGGACUGGAUUUGGAAAAGUUGGGCGAAGGUGAUCGUGUCGGUGUGCAGCGAACCGCUCGCGGGGAGUUGGUGUUCUACGUAAACGGAGAACCACAAGGUGUUGCCGCACGAGACAUUCCCCGGCAGGUGUACGCACUGGUAAAUCUGUACGGUAAAUGUGUGCAGGUUACGAUAACAUCCGGUCAGCUGGCGGAUCUUCCCGGCCCUGAGUACGGUGCAUGUACUUCAUCCGAGGACAUAAGCGCAUCACCACAAAUAUCGCAAAACAUUGAUCUCCCAAUGUCGGUGGAAAUGUCCGUCAAUGGUGCAACGGCAACGACGAACUCUACUGUGGUUGCGGCAACUACUUCCUGCAGCAGUUCGGUGAUUACGUCCAGCACCGAGGGAACGUCCGAUCCGAGCGAUAAGCUGCGCUUCCACACACGCUGCGGAUCGUUGGUAAAGUUGAGCUCCAACUGUCGGACGGCUGAGCGUCGACGUCCGUUGGACGAGUUUAACAACGGGGUAGUAAUGACACAUCGACCGUUGUGGGACAAUGAGCUGUUUGAAAUUCGCAUCGACCGUCUGGUAGAUAAGUGGUCCGGAUCGAUUGAGGUGGGUGUAACGACACACUGUCCUUCGGCGCUACAGUUCCCAGCGACAAUGACUAACUUGCGCAGCGGAACAAUCAUGAUGUCCGGAUGCGGAAUUCUCACGAACGGCAAGGGAACGCGUCGGGAGUACGGGGAGUUUAAUUUGGAUGAGCUGCGGGAAGGUGAUCGUGUGGGUAUGAUGCGAAAAUCGAACGGAAAUCUUCACUACUACAUUAAUGGACGGGAUCAGGGUGUUGCGGCAACCCGGGUCGCUCAAACGCUGUGGGGCGUUAUAGAUCUGUACGGGAUGACAAUCAAGGUCACGAUCGUGGAUCGUGAUGAGCGCGAACAGCGUAAUCUCGUUACACGGCGCAACCAUAUGCUAAGCAUGCCGGCCCAGAUACAGGAACUUCCGCUCAGCAGCACCCUACCGCACACCGGAACCACUACGAACGGUAGUCCAUCGGAAGUGGACGGAGUCGGUUCCACACUACUCGAUCGCUUACUAUUUCACCAGAUGUGUGGUUCGCACGCAAGCGUCACCCACAGUGGCCGUACCGCACUCCGUCCAAACGCGUCAGAUGAUUUCAAUAAUGGCGUUGUGCUAACCCGACGGCCAUUGCGCCCGAAUGAACUCUUCCAGGUUCGGCUCGAGCGAGUCGUCACCAAGUGGGCCGGAUCGAUUGAAAUGGGCGUCACAACGCACAGCCCAACCGAGCUGGAUUUUCCCUUCACAAUGACUAACGUCCGGACCGGCACGUGGAUGAUGACGGGGAACGGUGUCAUGCACAACGGCAUGACCGUAAUCGAACAGUACGGCCAGAAUCUUGACCGGUUGCAGGUGGGCGAUCGGGUCGGUGUAGUACGGAAGGACGACGGCACGCUACACUUCUGGGUGAACGGUAUCGAUCAAGGUCCGGCCGCUACGAACGUCCCAGAGCACGUGUACGGUGUGAUCGAUCUGUACGGACAGGCGGCACAAGCAAGCAUCGUCGACACCUCCGAGUGUGGUACACCGGAUACGGGGAAUUCGACCAUCUCCAACACAACCCUCUUCCCAUCGGCCGAACCACGAAUGCGCUUUAACACGUGCGUACACGGCAGGAAUGCGCACAUCCUUAACGGUGGCCUAACCGCCUGUCGCCCAAAAGCGCUGGCCGAGUUCAAUGAUGCGAUCGUAUUUAGCAGCCGACCUUUACGUCAGCGGGAACUGUUCGAAAUCGUACUCGAUACGGUGGUCGACCGGUGGAAUGGGAGCAUCGAAAUUGGUGUUACGGCAAUUCGGCCGGACGAACUGUCACUACCGAGUACGGCGACCGAUCUCGAGCACGAAACGAUCAUGGUUUCCGGCACGAUGCUCCUGCUGAACGGUUGCACGAUACGAAGCGAUCUUCCGUUCGAUCUCGACGCACUCGGCCAGGGUUCGCGGGUUGGCGUAAUGCGCAACGGGGACGCUAUCCAUUUUUCCGUCAACGGUAUCGAUUUGGGUGCAUUUUACGAUUCAAAAGCACCGAACCUAUACGCCGUGGUGGAUCUGUACGGACAGUGUGCUCAGGUUAGCAUUACGGCACCGACGCACACCGGAACCGGGAAUGGUGCGGGCGUUACCGGGGACCUGCGUGCACCGUACGCGAUCAGUGAGAAUUCUCAAAGUCUGCAGGCAACGUCCGUCAUUCAGCCGAUGGCACUGGUAGAAUCGAAACACCGUUGGUCCUGCAUAUCCGCCAACUCGGUAACGCUCGGACACAAUUGGACGUUGGCAUCGCGCGGUACCAAUACGGCCCUCUCGCACUGUCUCGUAUUUUCCGACCGACCGCUUGUUCCCGGAGAAACGUUUGAGAUCAAAAUUACCGAAGUGAAUCCACUAUAUUCGGGAUGCUUGCGGGUCGGUGCAACCGAUUUGAAUCUUUGCGAUGAGCACGUGCGCAAGAACAUCCCGAUCAGCAUGCGCCGUAUACCGGCGAACGUGUGGUACGUUAGUGGCAACGAAGUGCGGCACAAUUCGACACUUCUGCAGCGUUCGCUUGCAUCGUUGGAAUGGUUACGCGUAGGUGAUCGUAUCGGGAUUGAGCUAACACCGAGCAGAACCUUACGAAUCCUGCUCAACUCCGAGGACAUGAACAUAGCCUUCACCAAUCUGCCCGAUUCGGCGGACGUGUUUGCGGUAGUUGAGCUAAUUGGAUCAACAAUGGCCGUGCAGGUAAUUUCUUCCCAGGGUCCUAGCUCUCCACUAAGACCUUGCAGCCUACGGCUGCAGGACUCGCUAGAACUCGGUCUUGAUCCACUAAACAAGCAAGAUUCCAUGCUGGAAUCGAUUGAUUCUGACAGUUUGGCGAUGGAAUUUUCCGAACUCUAUCUGGGCAAAAAUGUGACACUGUUCGAUGAUCGGAAAUCGGCCACUCGGAUGCAAUCGUACAAUCAAGCGAUCGUUUGCUUGUCUCGGCCACUGUGCAAAGGACACAGCGUUAGUGUGCGCGUAAAUACGAUCAACACCCAGUGGAAGGGUACGAUUGCAGUUGGAGCGCUCGGUGCCGCGCCCGGUGCAUCUCCGACCCAGUUUCCGUUCCCAACUUCGGCCAUCUUAUUCCGACGCCCAUGCUGGAUAGUGACGCAUGAUUACGUGAAUAUAAACGGUACGAAAACACAGUCCCGGUAUGGAGAGUUGCUCGAUUCGAUACAACCUGGAACAAUCAUAACGCUCACCUUAACACAUGCCGGCUGUUUGCUAAUUACUUGUGGACAGACACAGCUUGAAGAGUUGGCAACUGGACUGCCACACCACGUGUAUCCCGUGUUUGAUCUUUAUGGCAAGUGUGAACGAGUUACGAUCUACAACGGUGAUCCCAAGAAUGGUAGCCCGAUUGCGGAGGAAUUGGCUGUACUGCCGAAUGAACCGCAGCGACUGGGUGGACAGAUGAUGAUGGGAGGCACAAUCGGUAACGGUGGUGGACCGGCGAUCGAGUCGAGUGUUGCCGGAUCUGGUGCCACAGUUGCAGGCACCGUCCUGGAUAAUGGGGAAAAUGUGCCACAAUGCGAGAAGGCUGAUCUGGAAGUGCACGAGAAGGAAACGGAUCAAACGGUAGCUUACCAACCGGUGGCGACUACAUCCAGCUCGUCCAAUGCAAUGAGCCGCUCCGUGAUGGACUGUGUGUCGGAGAACUUACUGAUGAAUAUAUCGAUAAAGAUACGUACCGCAAACGAAGCCCGCAAUCAGGAACUCUCGAAUUCUUGCUGCUUACGCGAUUCACUUCAACUACAGCACUCGACCAAUCUCAAUAUCCAGCGAAGCCAGAGCACACACCGGUUCAAUGCGAACGCAAUGCAGGGCAGCUACGACAGCAAUCGUGGCGGUGGCGAUCAAUCACAAUCGAUGAGCUCCGGUAACUACGACGAAGGAUUCGAGGACUAUCAGCAUCGUCCUGCAGUUUCAUCUGUAGCAACAGUAGCAGGAUCUACGAGCGUUACUACCAGUACUUCAACUGGUGUAGAAGGAUCGAAUACCAUCGAUCGUGCAGUUGGUGGAGAGGAAAACACCGAUACCAAUUAUCUGGAUGAUGUGGUUGAGUCGAAUAUAGAUUUCACAGGUGCUGGUGGUGAUGCGAAUUGUGAUACGAACCUGACCGACGUUAACCAAAAUAUAACCGCUGACGAGUCGUUGGAUGAUGAGGAAGACGAUGAUGAUGAUGAAGAUCGCGAUCGGAAUACGCUCGCGCAUAACAGUCGCACGAAACUUGGACUGCAGUUGCAAACUGUUGGAGGAACUCCAGUUAAUACGGCAGAUUCAUCAGUUUCCUGCUCAUCGAGACCGAUUGCAACCACUCAAAGAUUAGCUCCGGAAGGUGCGGAAAAUGAAGAACACAACACCCAGCAACAGCGAAACCAGAAACCACCCAUUCCGGCAGGUUACAGCUCCGCGACCUAUCCGCCACCGGCGGUCGAAAAUCGAGACUGUGACUAUUUAAAGCUGGUGAUGAGCUUCAAGCGUACACUAAUGCUACCGGAUGCAUUCUUUGUGGAUGAACCCUGUGCGUGUUACUGCACCUCCUGUCAGCUACCUUUGACAAAUGCCGGUUCGAUAAACAUCCUUAAGAACUGGGUGCGAUUCCCAUUGAAUCAGCUGAUGGUGCAGGGUGGAUGUGUGGUUGUGAACACGGUGGACGAUUUCGUUUGGACGACGGCAUACUACAACACUCGAGUUGAUAAGAUACGAUCCGUGUUGGAUCACGGUCAACCAUUGCCGAUCGAAUCUGGCCAAUUACAUCCGGAUGCAUCUUCUGUAACGUCUACGCUAAAUGAUAACUUCAUUCCCGGUACACACAUACUGCUACGUUCGGUUCCGGAUGCGUCCCAACCUGUCAAUACGAUGGCAGCUUCCAAUCCCACCGGUUCUACCCGUGGUCGUCCGUUUCCGCUUCGUUACAUGGUAAAUGGACAAUUUUUCCACAUUAAAACCGCUUUUGAAGUACGCGUCCGUACACAAGCGAUCUCUGCCGUUGAUCGACCGGAAGGUGAACAGACACAGCCGAGAACGUCGAUGCAGACGGAUGGUGCUACCAAUACACCGGGCAGUGGAAGUUCGACGGCAACGACAUCGCUGACGACCGGGGCUAACAAUAGCAACAAUGCAAAUGAUUUCACAUUCCGUUCCUGGACCACGAAGGAGGUAGAUGCUUGUGUCCUGACAGCGCUGCUAAUACAUUUGAUACCGAACUAA